UGUUUUAGCCAGAUUAUAUACAAUGUAUCUAAACGUUUAUACAAUAGCUGAAUGAUAAAACCUCGAUUUAUAUGUUACAUGGAUAUCAAACCUGGUACUUGGAUGUAAAUCGAUAAUGCCUUCUUACAAGUUCGAGUACUUUGACGGCCGCGGACGGGGUGAACUAACAAGAUAUGUAUUUCACGCUGCUGGGAAAGACUUCGAUGACUCAAGGUACACGUUUGAACAAUGGGCAUCCGUGAAACCAUCGGCUCCGUUUGGUCAGCUUCCAAUUCUUCAUGUGGAUGGCAAGAGACUGGCACAAAGUGGAGCUAUCGCUCGAUUCUUAGCGCGGGAAUUUGGAUUAGCUGGAAAGAAUAGCUGGGAGCAAGGUUUGGUGGACCAAUACAUGGAACUUGCAGUGGAUAUGUUCAAAGAAGUUAUCAAAUGGUACUUUGAAAAGGAUGAAGAAAAGAAGAGAGAAUGCUUGAAAAAUCUAAGGGAAGUCGUUUAUCCAAAAUACUGUGGAUUAUUCCAAAAUGCUCUUGAACAGAAUGGAGGCAAAUACUUUGUAGGCAAUGAUCUUACAUUAGCAGAUCUCGCAGUCUUGGACAUAUUUGACACUCCGAUGCAUCAUACCUCGAACAUCAUGGACUCAUUUCCGAAGUUGAAAGCACACAGAGAACGCAUAGCAUCCACGGCAAACCUAGCAAGCUAUAUUAAGAAAAGAAAGGUUACAGACAUUUGAAUAUCUCAUAGUUUAUUCUUGUUUUGCAUUCGCAGAACUGAGACAGGACCCAUUGUUUCCAGAUAUUUUCAUAAUUCCAGUUGAUGUGCAAGAUCUAGUAGAUAAAUAUAUAUCACUGCAUGGCUAGCUUUUCAUUGCGGCUCUUUCAUACAAUUUAUAACAAAUAAAUUUUGAUUCAUUU